AUGGAAACUGUUGCUGAGACGUUUAUUUCUUUUCUAUUGUCCAUGCACCAAAAAAUGCCAACAACAACACACAAAGAGCUGUUUGGAUGUUUUUUUGUUGCUGAGACGUUGCUUCUUACUAAUGUUCAUGCAUACAUACAUACAUGCGUUUUUCGCAUACACACCGAUUUGCUUGAUGAGAACAAAAGAGCGUAACAUUUGCGCGUGUCUCAUGUUGGCAUUCUGGUUGUGUUCUUUUUUUAUUCUUUUUAUUUGUUUUGUGCCUUCGCGUCGUGUCACAAGUGUUGUAAUAAAUGUUGAUACCAACUGUUUUGUGGGAAGACAAAUUAUUUGUCGAAGCGCCGGAGCCUUUAAAUCUACAAAGCUUUAUAAAAGCAGCCAAAUUAGAGUUAAAAAUUGAUGCCUCAAGAAAAAUAACAGCCUUAGUGUUUGGUGCAACCAUUAAAGAAGACCAGUUUGAAAAAGUAAUUCAUCAAUAUAUGUCAACACCUACUUUUCAUAUUGAGUUGCAAUUUGGAGACUCCGUUCGAUCAGUGGCAUCAGCAUCGACAGUUAGUGGCACUCUAUCGGAGUGUGAAUCCGUAGGUGGUUUUGGGGAUCUUACCCCAAAAACAAAUGUUAUUUCAACUUUAAAGACUGACAUAGAGUCCAUCAAGUCAAUUCCGGCUGUCAACAAAAUAUGGAGAAUUUUUAUUGCCGAAAAACGCCUGCAAAAUAAAGAUAGGGUGAAUAUUUCGAAGGCCCUUAUUGACGAAUGUCUAAAAGAAGACCCUAACAGAUUACUUAAACGUGAAGAUUUUGAAGUUCUGGCCGAAUCGAUUGUCCACAUUUUUUAUACCGAAUUAGCUUCUGCAUACUUCCUCCCCUCGGAGAAAGGCUGUAUUGCUAGAGGAAAGUUGUGGAGUGCGUACAAUAACAAAAGGACAUCUUUACGUUCUGAUGGAAUAAUAAGUCGAAGGCCUCGCAAGGACCUUAAGCGUAAAGCAAAUGUGUCUCUCCCAUCUGAAGCAGAAAGUAUUGAGUACCUUACUGAGAAUACCUCGGAUUUAUCUACAAUUAUUUUAAAGUGGCAGGAAACUCAUGCUUAUCGCCGAAACGAAUUAAAAGGAAAUAUUUCCACAUUUGAAUAUAUCUCAAAGUACCCUGUGCUACAGGGUAACAAUGGAAUCAAGCUAACCACUUUGGACGUGAAAUUAUUGUAUUCAGCAACAGAACCUGUUGAAAAUUGGUUGAUGAUAUAUUCAAAUGUUUUGAAUCACGCACGUACUCUUCGGGACAAAGCAGUCUGCAACUUACUUACGAAAAUCGAUACAUCCACUGAAGAACGAUUGAGAGCACAAUUGACCCUUCUUUUAAUACCAUACAUCUUACCACACAGUGGAAAAAGACACGAAACGCAUGAAAAGAAAGGUAGAGCCACUAAAUUUGAAAUUCAGGAGCGUUUUAUUAAGGAAUAUGAGUCAAUUGUGCAAUUGAAAGAGGAUUCUAUUACGGACUUACAAAUUAGAUUUGUAAAAUUUGGCCAUGACAUCACUUAUGCGCAGUUUAACAUCGCAGGUUUCAUCUAUAAAUGCACUGAUCUACUUGAAGCUUUAAAUAUAGGAUUCAUGUAUAUUAUGGCUUUAGAUGUUGCAUACCCACCACUGUGCAAACACGUAUGGGAAUUUAUCCAAUUAUCCAUUUUCAACAUUAAACUGCCAAACGAAAAGGUAGCUAUUAUUGAAACCAUAAUCAAAGACUUAUUUUAAUAAUUUUGUAUUUGUAUUGUCUUUUAUUCAUUAUUAUAUUCUUGAUUUAUUUUAAUUUAAAGAUCAUUUUAAGUUACUUUACGAUGACAGUAUUAACUUGCCACCUUUGCAAAGCAAAUUGUGAUAUUCUUAAAGAUCUCAUAAAACACUAUAGGAAAAAACACAGAAGUUGCAAAUUUUUUGAAUGUCUGGUUUGUAGUCGCAAAUUCACCAAUAUAGAAUCAUUUAGAUCCCAUUUGAGAAAACAUUUAUGUGUUGAACUUAGAGAAAGAUCAGAUGAACAUCAGCCUGUAGUUAGUCAAGAACUAGAUAUUCAUCAUAUUUCAAACGAAUAUUUACAAGAAUACUCAGAGCCUGUGGAUAAUGAAGAUUUUGAAUCUAGCACUUUAUUGUCUCUAAAAAUAGAACAGAUUCGAAUGGAAUUUCUGAAAGUAUUUAUUAAAAUAUACAGUCAUAAGACAAUUUCACGGAAUUCAGCAAUAACAAAUUCUAAGCAAAUAGUGCUGUUUUACAAAAAAUACCUUCAGAAAAUUCAUUUGCAGUUACAGCUUUCAAAAUGGGACGACAAUGAAAAGAAAACGGAAUUAAUUUUAUCUGUGUGUAAUUUAAUACAAGCAAGCCAACUAAAUUCAGAAUACAAAAUUAUAUCAGAACUAAAACGUAGUAAAUUAUUUUUCGAUAUUGAAUAUCAUAAUAUACAAGAUGAAAUUAAUGAAUGUAUGGACAUGGAUAAUUCAGUUGUUUUAAAAAAAAUUAAUUAUACUGUAGGGAUAUUUCCUUUAAAAAUAUUUUUUGGCGUUCUUUUCAAUUCUACCCCUUUUCUUCGCGACAUUAUUUUAUAUUACCAAAAUUUGUUGACACACCAAAAUAAUGGCACCAUAAAAAACUAUGUUCAAAGUAAUCACUGGAAAAAAAUAAUAUCUAAAUAUCCAACAUCGAAAGAAAUAUUUUAUUUACCUUUGUUUAUUUUCAGUGAUGACUUUGAACCGAAUAAUGCUCUAGCUUCGCACGCUGGCAUCCAAAAAAUUUGUGGUGUGUAUGUAAAAUUCGCGUGUAUGCCAGACCAUAUGGCUUCGAAAUUACAAAAUAUUUUUACAGGAAUGCUUCUCUUUAGUGAAGACAGGAAACAAUUUGGAAAUUCCCGUGUAUUCACACCAUUCAUAAAAUAUCUGAACAUCCUAGAGAGUGAGGGAAUAAUUUUAGAUUCAGAAAUAGAAGGAUAUAAGGUCGUAAAAAUUGUUUCUGUUUUGGUUCUAGGCGAUAAUUUGGGGUUGAAUACUGUUCUCGGAUUUUCAGAAAGUUUUCAAAGCAAUUUUUUUUGUAGAUUUUGCAAAAUGAAACGUUGCGAUACGCAGACAUCUUGUGAAGAAAAACCAAGUUUGUUGCGAAAUGACAUUAAUUAUGCUGAUGAUGUAGAGACAUCAGACGCUAGACAGACAGGUAUAAAAGAAACAUGCGUUUGGAAUAAAUUAGAACAUUUUAAUGUACUUAACAACUUUGCCAUUGAUGUCAUGCAUGAUUUGCUAGAGGGUGUUUGCCAUUACGAUUUGAUAUUCAUUUUAAAUUCAUUUAUUACAAAAUAUAAGUUUUUUACUUUAGAACAGUUAAAUUAUCGCAUUUUGGUAUUUAAUUAUGGUCCUAACUGUAAGAAUAAGCCACCCAUUUUAAAUAGUGAUGCUCUUCUGAAAUUUAAGUUUAAAAUGUCUGCAUCUGAAAUGAAAACAUUUUCUUCUAAUCUAUCUUUAAUAAUAGGCGACUUAGUCCCAGAUUGCGAAGAAUGGCACUUGUAUUUACUGCUAAGAGAAAUUUUAAACAUAUGUUGUAACUCUGACGUUUUACAAAUUAAGUCAAACGUAAUACUAACAAACUCGAUAACUGAGCACCACAGAUUAUAUUUGAAACUCUCAAAUUCAACAUUGAAACCUAAAUAUCAUAAUUUGACUCACUAUGGACGAAUUAUGGACGAAGUUGGUCCGCUAAAACACUUGUCAUCAAUUCGAUUCGAAGCGUUCCACCAGCCUUUCAAAAACUGUGCAACUUCCACCAAUUCUAGAGUUAAUUUAAUAAAAACAUUAUUCACAAAAUAUCAGCUUAACAUCGCCAAUACUAUAUUAAACUUUGAAGAGUUUUAUACUAACAAAGUUGAAGGAGAGAGAGUUGUAGAAUGCGACAUAGAAAGUAUUGUAAAGAAAUUUCAUUUACAAAAUCCUAUUUCAAUUAUAAACAAUCUAACUAUUAAUGGCAUUUACUAUAAAAACAAAAUGGUUGUACAUAUCGGAUAUAGUGAAGACCAGUUGCCGGAAUUCGGCCUUAUUUUGCAUAUUUGUAAAGAACCACAACCAAUUUUUUGUCUGCAAAGAAUAUUGAAUCAUGGAUUUGAUUCCCAUUUUUAUGGAUUUCGAGUAGAACUCGACGAUUUUUUUUUCACACAUCCAGUCGAUUUAUUGUACACAAAUGACACAUUUUAUAUAUGUUCAAAUUUUGAAAAUAAUUUAUUUAUAAAUUGCCUUUAAAACAUAUGCUUAUAAUAUGUAUAUGUUUUUUAAUUUUAUAUUAUAUAUUAUAAUAUGUAUGAAUUUAUUUUAUGUUAAAUAAAAUGUGAAUAUCAAAAAUUGA